AUGUCUGAACAUGCCCCCAGCAGCAACGCUGCCGAGGGCUCUAUCGACCUGUCUCUAUCUGCGCAGGCUCUAGCCUCGUCGUCCCCCGCGGUGCGCAUCGCUGAGCUGCACCUUGUGGGAGAGGCAGCGGCUCGGAAAACAUCUGACGACGAAUUCUCCUCCAAGGCUCUACAGCUCCUCUUCAACACCCAUGCAGCUUACCAGGACCGCGAGUCUCGACUGGCAGCCCAGAAAUGCCUGGUAUCCAUCGUCACGAGAGAGGCCAGUUCCUCAACACUGCAACUAUUAGUGAAAACUCUACGACAAGAGUCCUCGAAGCAGGGUAUUGCUACGUCGAGCGCCUUUGUCUUGGUCGAGUGGUGCAGUGUUCUGCUUCAAAACCUAACCGAACCUUCGUGGAAAGAAUGUGGAAGUGAAAUUCUAUUGGCAUAUGCAGAUGUCCUGGAGAAAUGUUUACGACCGUCUUCGAAGCCUACGCUGGCACACUCAGCCAUAAUAGUCACUCGAAGGGGUUUUCGAAAACUUUUCAGCUCCCCAACCCUGGGGCCCGAGAAUUUAACCGAUGCUGUGACCAAUUUGACGUCCAAACGCAGUACGCCGUCGGCAAAAAACUCUGUUAUUCUCGGAAUCAUUGCCGGAGUUGCUGCUCGUCGGCCCGCAGUACGACCUACGCUGGAAACUCUUAAGCCUCUGUAUUACGAGUUUUACAACCGUGAGAUCCUGGGCUCUAGGACUGCGCUAUCAGGGCACAUUUCCGCCGGACUGGGCGAUUUCUUCUUAAGCUUUGCAACACUUGAUGAACUUCAGACUCAAGUUGCCCCAGUUCUGGAGAAAAGCUUGCUUCGUACACCAGAAGUUAUUUUGGACGGUGUUCUCCAAAGCCUAGUGAAAGAUUUGCCUACCGAAUUUGAUCUCUCAGACUUGCUGGCCGGCAAGCUCCUGAAGCAGUUACUUUCAAAUGUCAAAUCUACCAAUGCUUUGAUACGCGCCGGUGUUCUCUCGUCUUUCCGCGCCAUUAUUGCAAAAUGCCACAACGCAGGCUCAGUCGACCAAAUUAUCGAGGAGAUCGGGAACCCCCUGAAAACGGGCAAGCUGGCCUCCGCUGAUCAGCGCAUUCUUCAUGCAGAAAUGCUAGAAGCUGUUCCCCUGUCUUGCCCAAAUGCCCAAAAGACGACUACUAUUUUGGCAGCCGUUGCUGGCAAGGAAGGAAACGAUGUAGCCUUGGCCGCUGAGACGUUGACACUCUGUCGAGCCAUUAAUGUAUUGAUUAAGGGCGACAGCGAAAUCUCGCAGCCCGUCCUAAGCGCAUUGCUUAAAGGAUUGGCAGACAAGAAGGCAACAACUCGCAAAAUUUGGCUUCUUCGUGUAGCUUCUGUCUUCCGGACCAUAGAUGGCCUAGACCUGAACGCUGCGUUGACCUCGUUCACGGAAGCUGUCAUUCCAAAAUUCAUCGACAAUUUCCGUGAAGUUGUUGCCAACCCUACACUGACUGCCCAGAGUGGGACAAUUGUUGGAGCGUAUAUUCUUACUGCUCUAACCCCUGUUUUGCAACAGUGGUCCACUGGCUCGAAGAUUGAAGCAGAUCUAUUGAAGUUGUCGACGCCAUCUCCUGCUCUAACCUCAUCACAAUCCUUUCUUUUGAACCCCAAAAUAUUCAGUAAGAUUGGAAGUGAGGAAGACUUCGAUUGGUUCCGUCUUGCUUUGUGUUCUGUUGCAGCGGGACUGAGCACAAAUACCGCGAAAGAGAUCGUUCUUGCGUGGUCAGAAGCCAUGAUAUAUAUAGUUACAGUCUCAACUGUACCAUCAAACGUGCGACAAGAAAGUGCAAAAUCCCUCACCUCCCUUUAUGCUCAGAACCCUAGCAUUAUGGCAGAUAUCGUUAUCAAUGGCCUGUGGGCGCAUUUGACGCAGACCAUCAAUGCCGGGGAUAAAGAUUCGACAACUGAGACGCGUGAUUUGAUUAAAGUUAUAAAGUCGAUUUGUAUCAGCUCCAAGGAGUUGGAGGCACUCGGGGGUAGCGCCUCGCAGGAGAUGCUGGAGCAGCAAGCUUGCUCCCUACUCAUUAUCUGCCGUACAGAGCUGAUAUCGCGAGCCAAUUGGAUAGACUCCUGUAUUCGAAUGGGAGUUGACCCUGGAAAACUUGCCGAAAAAUACGCCGACAUAUUACUGAAUGAGAUCAGCGAGCGUACGUCGGUCAAUCAAAAGGUCGAUGUUAUUCGGAUUGCUGCAUACAAUGCAGCAGCAGAAUUGGCCUUCGUUGCUCCAGAAACUAUCAUCCCUCGGCUGAUAGAUCUUAUAACCCAAGAUCUAGAUCCGCAACCGGUAAAGGCAAUUGGACCAGUUGACGCUGCAAUUUUUAGAACCCAAGAAGGUACCUGCUUCGUGGAUGUACUGAGCAAAAAAGGCCAAAACGACACUCCAAAUAAGAAUACCAAGGAUUACGACAUCGUGAAAUGGGAAAAGGAACUGAGAGACCAACUUGAGAAAAAGAAGGGCCCACAAAGAAAGCUCACUGCUGAGGAAACGUCCAAAGUGAACGCUCAGUUGAAGAAAGAGGCUCAGAUACGAGCAUCAGUCCAAUCAAUCGAAGCCAAACUUCUUCGCAGCAUCGGGAUUAUACACUCUUUGGCGGUUGGACCACCCACUGAUGCGUCACUUUGGCUUGGUUCAGCCAUCAACUCACUUCUUGCUGUUAUGGAAGCUGGCGCGAACCUCAUUAUAGGCGAUGCCGCCUCCAAAGUCUACAUCACCUGCGCUGAGAAAGUGAGUUCUAGGCUGGGAGCAACUCGCCCUGCUAUUGGAAUCGCCACACUCAGGCUUCGAGGGCUAUCCUUGGAGGGGACCUAUGGAGACGAAUCACUCGCCGACCUUGCAACAAGGGUACUCUAUCGCCUCCGCUUUGCUGGUGAGCAGCGGCCCUUUGAUGCGGUAUCAUUAAUAUACAUCUUCCCACUCCUCUUUCAUGUCUUGAGAGAGGGGGGUGUUGGAGAGACCUUAGAUGAUCGGGAUACCCAAAUCGUGCUGGCCGUCGAGUUUAUCUCAUUUCACAGCAUUACUUUUGCUGAUGAGUCAAUACCUCGCACAGAACUCCUGGAUGUCCUUAUCCAAUCAAUGCAAAGCCAUGCUCAACAUUACAAAAUCAUCAAAGACUGCUUUUCUGACAUCUGCCGAUGCAUUGCACCUAACAUCACUGCUGAUGAAAUGCUGGUCCUUGCUCGGGGAGUUACGGUACCACAAGCAAACGUCAGAACCGCUGUUUUGCAGUCUAUUAGUGCAGACAUUGAUAUGAGUGAACUCGGCUACAGCAGCGAGAUUUGGCUUGCAAGCCAUGACGAUAUUGAAGAAAAUCAAGAGCUCGGAAUGGAGAUAUGGGAAGAGAGCGGAUUUAAACUCAAUGCUGAGGUGCCCUUACUCAUGGUGCCGUUCUUGAACAGCAAAGAUGGGCAACUCCGACGGGCAGCAGCACGUUCACUUUCGAAGGCAGCGGCAGUUUACAAGGAAAGCCUUCUUACUGUGAUUCCAGCAUUGCAGUCUAUCUAUCUGGAGAUGGCGAAGCCAAAAGUCCAACUUCUUGACGAAUUCGGGAUGCCAAAGAAAAUGGACUUGUCUGACCCAUGGGAAGCGCGGCAUGGUAUAGCAACUGCCAUCAAAGAACUGGCAAACAUCUUAGAAUCUACACAAGUUGGUCCUUUACUCGAUUUUCUGAUCCAGUCUGGACCUUUGGCAGACAAAAAUGCCUCCGUUAGAACGGAAACACUUGAUGCUGCUAUUCGGGUCAUCGAAUUCCAAGGAGGCAACAUAAUUGACGAGCUGAUGAAGAAGUUCGAAACGACCCUGGAGCAGCCUGACAAGAAUAGCGACGAAGUGGAUCGUGUCAACGAGGCGGUGGUUAUUAUGUAUGGUGCCCUGGCUCGCCACCUUCAGCCGGGGGACAAAAAGAUUCCCGUUGUGAUUGAGCGUCUCUUGGCAACCUUGAGUACACCCUCUGAGAUGGUCCAAUAUGCCAUUGCCCAAUGUUUACCUCCUCUGAUCAAAGCCUAUCCGUCAAAGUUGUCCGAAUAUAUACAGCAAAUGAUGCACGAGCUUCUGAACUCCAAGAAGUAUGCCACCCAACGAGGAGCCGCCUACGGUCUGGCAGGAUUGAUCCUUGGUAGCGGCAUAUCUACUAUCAAAGAACUCCGAAUCAUGUCAGAUCUCAGAGGAGCUAUGGAAAAUAAGAAGGAUUCACACCAAAGAGAGGCUGCUCUUUUGGCUUUUGAACUUUUUUCCACUAUGCUUGGCCGCCUUUUUGAACCAUACGUCAUUCAAAUAGUGCCGUUGCUUCUGAGCGGAUUUGGAGAUGCUAAUGCAGAUGUCCGAGAUGCUUGCUUGGCAGCCGCGAAAGCUUGCUUUGGUAAUCUGAGCUCGUAUGGUGUCAAGAAGAUCAUGCCAACGCUUUUGGAGGGACUUGAUGAUCAACAAUGGCGUAGCAAGCGAGGUGCUUGCGAUCUUCUCGGUGCAAUGGCAUACCUUGAUCCAAACCAACUCGCGACCAGUUUGCCGGACAUCAUUCCUCCCUUAACCGGUGUGCUUAACGAUAGUCACAAGGAAGUGAGGGCCGCCGCCAACCGAAGCUUGAAGAGAUUUGGUGAUGUCAUUAACAAUCCAGAAGUAAAGAGUUUGGUGGAUGUGAUUUUGAAAGCUCUCAGUGACCCAACCAAAUACACCGAUGAGGCAUUGGAGUCAUUGAUCAAGGUUCAGUUUGUGCAUUACCUUGACGCCCCUUCUCUGGCCUUGAUCACCCGAAUCCUUCAACGCGGUCUAGGCGAUCGCUCCAACACAAAGCGCAAGGCAGCGCAGGUGAUUGGCAGUCUAGCCCAUCUGACAGAAAAGAAAGACAUUGUCAUGCAUUUACCGGUCCUCGUUUCCGGGCUCAAGAUUGCGGCUGUUGACCCGGUACCAACAACUCGAGCGACAGCAUCCAGAGCUCUCGGCUCCUUAGUUGAAAAGCUGGGAGAGGACGCAUUGCCCAACUUAAUCCCCGAGUUGAUGCAGACUUUGAAGUCGGAUACUGGCGCUGGUGACCGAUUAGGAUCCGCACAGGCUUUGAGUGAAGUCCUAGCAGGUUUGGGCACGAGCAGACUCGAGGAAACCUUGCCAACCAUUCUUCAAAAUGUAGAGUCCUCUAAGCCUGCAGUCCGCGAAGGUUUCAUGUCUCUCUUCAUUUUCCUCCCAGUUUGUUUUGGCAACAGCUUUUCUGCAUAUCUGGGCCGUAUAGUCCCUCCUAUUCUCGCCGGUUUGGCAGAUGACGUGGAGUCUAUCCGCGAAACAGCUCUUCGCGCUGGACGGCUGCUUGUCAAAAAUUUUGCAAUUCGAGCUGUCGAUCUUCUUCUACCUGAAUUGGAGCGAGGCCUGGCAGAUGACAGCUACAGAAUUCGUCUUAGCUCUGUUGAGCUUGUUGGCGAUCUUCUCUUCAACCUCACAGGUGUGAAAGCUGGUGCUGAACCAGGAGACGAGGAAGAUGAGAAUGCCAAAGAGGCAAGUGCUUCCUUGAAGGAAGUGCUUGGGGAAGAGAAGCGAAACAAGAUCUUGUCAACUCUUUAUAUUUGCCGAUGCGACACUGCUGGAGCGGUUCGUUCCGCUGCGAUUUCAGUGUGGAAAGCUCUGGUCCACAGCCCCAGGACAUUGAAGGAGCUGGUGCCAACCCUUACAAGUCUUCUGAUCAAGCGACUUGGAAGCUCCAACAUGGAGCAUAAAGUUAUUGCCAGUAACGCGCUCGAGAUGGGGUUGCAAACUUCAACAGAUACGGAUGCAAAGCAGGGCAUAUGUCUUGCUUUGCGCGAGCUUAUUUCAUCUGCGUCACCAGAAUCUCUUGAGGACCAUGAUAAGACACUCAUUUCUGUUGUCCGCACUGCACUCAUAGACUCAGAUGCGGAGGUUAGAGAGGCUGCCGCCGAGGCGUUUGACUCCCUUCAACAGAUAUUUGGCAAGCGGGCAGUUGAUCAAGUUCUUCCCUUCCUGCUCAAUCUCCUGCGAUCCGAGAAUGAAGCAGAUAAUGCUCUAUCGGCACUUCUCACGCUGUUAACCGAGGCUACCCGGUCCAACAUCAUUCUGCCCAAUCUCAUCCCAACUCUAACAACUCCACCGAUAUCAGCGUUUGAUGCAAAGGCUCUGGCUUCCCUAUCUAAGGUUGCUGGUGCAUCUAUGAACCGCCGUCUCCCCAACAUCAUUCAGUCGUUGAUGGAGAAUGAGAUCAAUUGUAGCGAUGACGAUUUACGUGAGGAGCUGGCGACAUCAUUCGACACCGUGAUUCAGUCGAUUGACGAAUACGAUGGCCUCAAUACCGUGAUGAAUGUUCUUCUCAGUCUCCUUAAGCAUGAAGAUCACCGGCGGAGAGCUGCCACAGCUCGACACAUGGGUAACUUUUUCGCUGUUUCUAGUGUGGACUACUCUCGUUAUAACCAGGAUAUUAUUCGAUCAUUGUUGAAUUCGUUUGAUGACGGAGACUCGGAUGUGGUGAAGGCUUCUUGGGCUGCUCUCGCCGAAUUCACGAAGAGACUUAAAAAGGAAGAAAUGGAAUCGCUCGUUUUGUCAACCCGACAAACACUUCAGCGUGUUGGCGUUGCAGGUGCUAACUUGCGAGGAUUUGAGCUUCCUAAGGGAAUUAGUGCUAUACUGCCAAUCUUCCUACAGGGCCUCAUUAACGGAACUGUUGAUCAAAGAGUACAAGCGGCACUUGGUAUCUCGGAUAUCGUGGACCGUACAAGCGAAGCGUCGCUGAAACCAUUUGUUACUCAAAUCACAGGCCCGCUCAUUCGUGUAGUUUCAGAACGUGCUACAGAGGUCAAAUCGGCUAUUUUGCUCACGCUCAACAACUUACUCGAGAAGAUGCCGACGGCACUUAAGCCGUUCUUACCUCAACUCCAGCGCACUUUUGCCAAAUCUUUGGCGGACACAUCUAGCGAAGUUUUGAGGACUAGAGCCGCAAAGGCUUUGGGGACUUUGAUCAACUACACGCCUCGAAUCGAUCCUUUGAUAACCGAGUUGGUUACAGGAGCAAGGACAACUGAUCCCGGUGUGAAGACGGCAAUGUUCAAGGCCUUGUAUGAAGUUGUCAGCAGAGCUGGCGCGAACAUGGGCGAAUCCUCCAGAUCAGCUAUCCUGUCAUUGAUUGACUCGGACGCUGAUGAGAAAGAUGAUGCCAUGGUAGUCACCAAUGCAAAGCUUCUCGGUGCCUUGAUUAAGAAUGUGGCCGAGGAUGUUGCCAUAAGCCUGCUCCGGAACAGAGUCCUUACUCCUCAGCCAACUCACUCAUCUACCUUGGCUUUGAACUCUGUGUUGGUUGAAUCGCCAAGUAUCUUGCAGUCAAGUGGUAUCAUUGAUGAGCUGCCAAGCUUGCUCUGUGGGGGCAUGAGUGAUAAAAGACCAUAUAUUGCGGACAACUUCAUUCUUGCCACGGGAAAACUUCUGCUCUCAUCACCCCCCAAGUCAUUCGAUGACAUCAAGCAGAUAUUCGACACAUUGGCAGUUGUCAUCCAACCUGGAAAUGCCACAGACUCACGACGGCUGGCGCUGGUCAUUAUUCGAACGUUGAGCAGAAAAAACGCCGAUUUAGUACGACCUCAUGUGCCACUUUUGGCACCACCGAUUUUCGCCAGUGUCAGGGAUCCAGUGAUACCCGUGAAGCUAUCUGCUGAAGCAGCAUUCAUUGAGUUAUUCAGCGUCGCAGAUGAAGAGGGCCGGAUAUUUGAUAACUAUAUGGCGGGCCCGGGCAAUGAUCUACCGCCAAAUGUUAAGAGAAGCAUGGGCGACUACUUCAAACGAGUUGCCAUGAGGCUUGGCGUCCAAGCUCGAGAGCGGAGGGAGGCCGAAGUGCACGUGAACCCACAAACUUUGAGCAGAACUGCUACGAGCCUCUGGAAAUUCUGGCCUCGUAAACCCUCCCCCCAAACUUCAUCCAACCUCAUCGCCAUCGAGGGCCGGCCAUCAAUACCGAAAUUAUUCAAGAUGGUCAACCUGCGAACUCAGAAGCGCCUUGCCGCGUCGGUCAUUGGCUGCGGCAAGCGCAAGAUCUGGCUUGAUCCCAGCGAGCAGAGCGAGAUUUCAAACGCCAACUCUCGCCAGACCAUCCGAAAGCUCGUCGCCGAUGGCCUCAUUAUCCGAAAGCCGGUGACGAUGCACUCGCGAUCCCGCGCCCGCGAGCUCAACCUGUCCCGAAGAGAAGGCCGACACCGUGGAUUCGGUAAGAGAAAGGGUACUGCCGACGCUCGUAUGCCCACUCAGGUCCUCUGGAUGCGCCGCCUUCGAGUCCUCCGACGCCUCCUGGUCAAGUACCGUGCCAGCGGCAAGAUCGACAAGCACCUCUACCACGAGCUCUACCACCUGAGCAAGGGUAACACAUUCAAGCACAAGCGUGCUCUGGUUGAGCACAUUCACCGUGCCAAGGCCGAGAAGCAGCGUGAGAAGGCCCUUAAGGAUGAGAUGGACGCCAAGCGUGCGAAGACCAAGGCUGCCCGUGAGCGCAAGUUGGAGAGAGUGGCGGCAAAGCGAAAUGCCCUGCUGGCGGAUGACGAGUAA